ACUACCAGUCGAGUAACUAAAAUUCCCUCCCAAAUUUCGCCUACAAUAAAUUCCUCAUACAGUAAUUAUCGAUUUCUCCUCAUCCAAAAUGCAAAAAUUAGCAUCUUCCGACACCCUUCACCAACACUUCCCUCAGGGCCUCCAUUAUUCUCUUCUCAAAUCCUCCAAAUCCUUCCAAGAAACCCAACAAUUCCACGCGUUUUCCCUAAAAACCGGCAUUUUCUCUCACCCUUCAAUCUCUUCUCGCCUCCUUUCUCUCUAUGCCGACCCCAAAAUAAACAACCUUCGCUACGCUCGCUCCGUUUUCGAUCGAAUCGAAUACCCCACGUUGGUUCUCUGGAACAUCAUCAUCAAAUGCUACGUCGAAAACCAACAAUCCCACGAAGCCAUCUCCUUGUUUGUUGAACUGCUUGGGAAUUUUCCGCCUGAUGAAUUCACGUUUCCUUGCGUGAUAAAGGGAUGUGCUAAAUUAAACGCUGUAAAAGAAGGGAAGCAAAUUCAUGGGUUGGUUUUGAAGCUUGGCUUCGGAUUAGAUAAAUUUGUGCAGGGAAGUCUCGUCAAUUUGUAUUCGAAGUGUGGCGAGAUUGGUUUUGCUCACAAAUUGUUUGAUGAAAUAGAUGAGAAAGAUUUGGUUUUAUGGAAUUCUUUGCUUGAUGGGUAUGCAAGGUGUAAGGAAGUCAAGCUUGCGAUGAAGUUGUUUGGGGAAAUGCCUGAAAAGGAUUGUUUUUCAUGGACGGUUUUGCUUGAUGGGUUAGCAAAAUGUGGGGAGGUUGAGACUGCUAGAGAGAUAUUCGAGAAGAUGCCAAAUAAGAAUUUAGUUUCGUGGAAUACUAUGGUUUAUGGGUAUAUGAAAGCUGGAGAUGUUAAUUCCGCUUGUAAAUUGUUUAAUCGAAUGCCCACUAGGGAUUUGAUCACGUGGAAUUCAAUGAUAGGAGGAUUUGAGUUGAAUUUACGCUUUUUGCAAGCUUUGAAGAUGUUUGAGAGAAUGUUGAAGGAGGAAUUUAGGCCAAGUCACGCAACGUUAGUUAGUGUUAUUUCUGCGGUCUCUGGAUUAGCUAGUCUUGGUAAGGGGAUAUCAAUACAUUCUUAUAUUGUUAAAAGUGGAAUUGAAUUAGAUGGGGUGGUUGGGACAGUGCUGAUAGAAAUGUAUUCCAAAUGUGGGAGCAUUGAUAGUGCUCUAAAAGUUUUUCGGACCAUACACCAUAAGAAGUUGGGGCAUUGGACUGCUAUAAUUGUAGGCUUGAGUAUUCAUGGUAUGGCUGAACAUGCUCUGAAACUAUUUCUUGAAAUGUGCAGAAUUGGUCUGAAGCCUAAUGCUAUAACUUUUGUAGGUGUGCUUAAUGCUUGUAGUCAUGCAGGAUUGAUUAAUGAUGGUCGUGGAUAUUUUAAUUCGAUGAUAAAUGAAUAUGGAAUUAAACCUACUAUAGAACAUUAUGGUUGUUUGGUGGACAUAUUAUGUCGAGCUGGGCAUCUUGAAGAAGCAAAAAAUAUCAUUGAAGAGAUGCCCAUCAGACCAAAUAAAGUAAUUUGGAUGACAUUGCUUAGUGGUGCUAGGAAACAUGGAAACCCAAAAAUAGGUGAAUAUGCUGCUCAACAUUUAAUUGAAUUGGCUCCAGAGACAACCGGGAGUUAUGUUGUCCUUUCCAAUAUGUAUGCUGUAGCUGGUGAGUGGGACAAGGUUUCUAAGGUAAGAGAAAUGAUGAAGACAAGAGGAUUAAGAAAAGAUCCAGGCUGCAGUUCAAUAGAGCAUAGAGGCGUGCUUCAUGAGUUUAUUGUGGGAGAUAAAUCACAUCCCCAAACAAAAGAAAUUUAUUCCAAAUUGAGUGAGAUGAGAGAGAAGUUGAAAUUUGCAGGACAUGUUCCUGACACAAGCCAAGUGUUGUUGUGUAUUGAAGAGGAGGAAGGGAAGGAAGCUGAAUUGGAAAACCAUAGUGAGAGGUUGGCUAUUGCCUUUGGUCUCAUCAAUGUUGAAGCCGGAUGUCCCAUUCGCAUCAUGAAGAACCUUCGGGUUUGCAACGAUUGCCAUUCGGUCACUAAACUGCUCUCUAAAAUCUAUAGUCGUGAGAUUAUUGUGAGAGAUAAUAGUCGCUUUCAUCAUUUUAAAAAUGGAUUGUGUUCUUGCAAAGAUUUUUGGUGAUUGCCUCAGCUGUUGGUUGGCAUUAAUUCUUUUUUUCAACAGGACCGAAUGGGAAGUCCUCAUAACUUUAAGGUCUUCAUGUAUUGUGUCCAUCAUCACUUAUGAGGGUUUAUAAAAAUGGCUAGGAUAUGUUUCUUGGGCUUUAUUUAUAUCAACCAGAGAAGCCAACCUCUUACUGCAAUUAAAAAAAAUUGUAUUCUUGAAGAUUUUAUGUCUACUGUGUUUAGAGUCUAUUUUUAUUAUUUUACAUAUCAAGUUUGUUCAUAAGGCAGCUAAAAAGACAAGUGGUAGAAAUAUCAGAAGUUGAAAUUAUAUUCUAUGAAUUCUAAAAUUUUAAUAUACCUCUAUCAAUAUGCCUUAUCAGAACCGAAACAUGCCACAGUUAUUAAUCUUAAGUGUUGCAGAAAACGAUGUUUCAUUGCACUGACGCGUUAAGUUUUGUUGCAAGAUCUCAAGAAAGAUACUACUUAAUGAUACAAUAGCUCCAAAUGUAAGCAGUGAAAUUACAUCGGUACUGGAGUUACACGAAAACAGAUACCACAUAGUGAUUAAUGUUAAAGCUUUCAAAGACAUAUCUAUCUCAGUUCAUUUUCCAGGGACAAAGUUAGUGGCAUAAGCCCAUGCAUUGUUGGUCACCGGAUCAGAAAGGUGGUCGAAAAGGUUCUCAAUGGGACCCUUUCCGGUGACAAUAGGAUGGACGAAGAAUCCAAACAUGGAGAACAUUGCCAGGCGGCCAUUCUUGAUCUCUUUAACCUUCAAUUCUGCGAAGGCAUCAGGAUCAUCAGCCAAUCCGAGUGGGUCAAAAGCACCAUGUCAUGAGCCAACCUUGUAUAGGGCCAUAACCAAGCAUAGGAUGUCAUGACCACCAAUGUAUAGGGCCAUGACUAGGUAGAGGUGCCAAGAAGAAGGGUAGAUCUCAUGUGCUAGAAAAAAGUGUUUUUAUUUCAAACACUGUAAUGAU